AUGGCAAACCCAAUGAAAACCUAUGAAGAGAAGAAAAAACAGCUAGGUCUUGUACACAAGGCUAUAUGGGGCCCUCAGUGGGAUCGUAGAGCCAACGCAAACCCUCAAUGGAGGUGGAUGUCUAAACAAUGGCAAAGAGAGGGUCGUGAACCACGAACGGAAGUGGGACAUUUCGACUUUUAUCCAUACCCACAGAAGUGGCAAGACUAUGUUGACGCAGUGAAGCAAAAGCCUAAUAUUCUACCAUCCUUUCAGGAAGACAAUAACAGUACCGUUUAUUCUGAUGUGAUAGAUUGGGGUUUUAGAAAGCAAGUCCGUCAAACCAACGGUCCUUUUCCUGUAUUCAACAUAGGGAUUAAUCCGCAACAUCAAGGUUGGUUUAUUCCCACGCAUAGAUCUCUAGACGCCAAGUAUCGAUUUCCGGGAACACGAAAUGUGGCGGGCCCUCAUCAAAAUGAGGAGUCCACAGGCGUAUUAUUAGGAGUAUUCGUGGGCUUUCGUAGAGUCAGAAGGGAUAAGUGGAAUCCAUGGUGGUGGGAAGUUGUGUACGCAAGAUUAGAUAAGAGAGAUCGGGCCCUCCUACAUGCUUAUGACUACAACUACCUUGGCAUGCCUUUGUCAGCUGUGAAAAAAGGUAAAGGCACGUCUUGGAAGUGUAGGACAAAUGACAUUAUAUGGGUGGAGGCUCUUGAACAUAUGACUAUGGAGGAGAGGACAGAGUGGAUAGGGGAUCAAGUCAGGCGGCCAGCUGCUAGUUAUCACAAUCAUUGCGCAGAUUUUAACGAGCUGAGAUGUGCAUUUAAUCUUCCUCCAUUCUAUUUUUAA